CGAAUUUCCCAUCCUACGACAAUCAUCCUCGACGCCGACCACAUUUCACCUCGACAGAAUCCGUCGCAAUGGGUCACUCUGCAGGUCUCCGAGCCGGCACGCGCUAUGCGUUCAGCCGUAGCUUUCGCCAGAAGGGUAUGAUCCCUCUCGGCACUUACAUGAAGACCUACCGCGUGGGUGAUAUCGUCGACAUCAAGGCCAACGGUGCCGUUCAAAAGGGUAUGCCAUACAAGGUCUACCACGGAAAGACCGGCGUUGUGUACAACGUCACGAAAUCCGCUGUCGGUGUCAUCAUCUACAAGAAGGUCGGCAACCGAUACAUGGAGAAGAGAGUCAACGUCCGCGUCGAGCAUAUUGCAUCCUCAAGAUCGAGAGAAGAGUUCUUGAACAGAGUCAAGUCAAACGCCCAGCGCCGCCGAGAAGCCAAGGAGAAGGGAGAGUCCGUCCAGCUUAAGCGUCAACCCGUCGGCCCUCGAGCUGCGCGCACCGUCGAAUUGACCGAAGUCGAGAGCCUUGCUCCUCAACCAUACGAUACCCACAUCUAAACGAUUCGCUUGGCGUGUUGUGUACGGGGUUCUCUGGUUUGGAAAGGCAUGCAUAUGAGGAGAUGGCCGGGAUUUCUGAUGCUAGGAGGCUGCGGAUGGCUGCAUUGAAGGCUAGCACGGAUGAGCCAUAUGACGGCUGGGAUUUGGGUCGAGAGUGCUCAUUCCGCAAGACAUGCUGCAUAGUCUCGGUGAGCAAGAGGUGCAGCCUCGAAUGGAUGCAAGCACUGGAGUGGUUGACCAUUUCAAUGUCGUCAGAUGCAUGUGCUUUGUUCAAACGGCUACGAUCAAUCAAAGGAAUUCAAACCUGCACAUCACGGCGUUACGACCCUAUUGGGUUUUAUCGUUAUGUACUUUUCCCGUCCUUCCUUCAUUGAUCGUGAACGGGCAUUUGGCUGCAUGAUACAGCUGGUUUCUUCAUUGGUCGUGAACAGCGGCAUGUGUGGAGGAUGUCCCAGAAGUACACUAACAUACACGAGUCUUGAAAUCAAGAAAGCUGUCCUGUC